AUGGAAUUAGGUGUAUUGGAGCAAACUGACACGAAACGAAGUAAUCGGCUUUCAACUUUAGGUAAAACACUUAUAUACGCCACUGGUGGUCUAGCAGUUGGUGUUAGUGUUAUUUGUAUACCAUUUGUUUCGCCAGCCUUCAGAAAAGUAUGCCUUCCAUAUGUGCCUGCAACUACAGAACAAUUGCUAGGAGUCACAAGGGCAUUAAAGGGUCGCACAGGGAAUUUAUUAGAUGUUGGGUCGGGUGAUGGCCGAAUUGUUUUCACAGCUGCAAAAUUGGGAUUCAAAGCACAUGGAGUGGAGCUAAAUACAGUGUUAGUGUGUUACUCGCGUAUAGCGGCACUCUUUAAACGUCAGUAUCACAAUACAAGAUUUUUUAAGAAAAAUCUUUGGAGUUUUGAAUUAAAACCUUAUAAUAAUAUAGUGAUAUUUGGAGUAGAACAAAUGAUGCAAGAAUUUGAAAAAAAGGUCACGCAGGAAGUGAAUAAUGGAACUGUUAUUGUUGCAUGCAGAUUUCCUUUACCAAACAUGGUGCCUAUAGAAACAAUCGGUCAUGGUGUUGAUACUGUGUGGAAAUAUAUUAUCAAAAGAUAA